ACUCGUAAGAGACGAGACAGGUUCCAACACCUACAGGUGGAACCUCAUCACAACUGUGUUCUUCCUGGGGACUUAUGAAGACAGACAGGAAACAGAGAACUUGAAUUGGAGUGGUGCCUUUCAGCUGGACAAUGCACCCAACACUGUACUGACUGGCAAUGUUGUUGCUGGUGCAGAACAGGCUGGCUACAAGACCCUUGGAGAGCUGUGUAAGGACACAACUCGGUGGAUGGGGAAUGAAGUGCACAAUGCAAUUUAUGGAAUCAUGAUGAGAGACGGAGACUGAGAGCUAUGGAAGAAGGGAGGCACGGGGCCACUGACAGACUGCUGCAGACUCAACAACUUCUACAUCUGGAGAAUCUCAGACACAGGCUUCUAUGUCCAGCACUAUGCCAGCUCCCUCAUCACCAAUGUUGUCUCUGUGGACAGUCCCCUGGGAGCAAUGCAGAUCAUCUAUGAGCCAGAUUCACUGAGUCACAAGUUCCACCCCAAGACAGCCAAUGCCAGUCACUCCCUGUUUGUGGGUGUCUCCCCAUCACACACUUGUGAAUACCAGGCAUCCAAGUCCCGGAUAAUGAAGUUCUAUGGAGAUAAAUUUUUUGGCGGAGGCGUCGGCGGAGGAAACACUGGCAUCCUCUUAGCAUCAUUCACCUCUGGAUCUAAUAUGGCACCUCUCAUGACCUUCAGUAACGCUGGCACUUACCCAGCACUCUACGGCUCCACACACUUUGAGGGUCUCACGUUCCACAACUUCCGUGACACCGACUGCGGGCGAGGCACUGCUCUCAUGGUGAACCCUCAGUCAGAGGACGCCAACCACCCGACGUUUGUCAAGUGUCUCUUGUUCCUCAACACACCACAGGAGAACUACAUGUACAUUCCUAGGCCCAACUUGAGCAGCAUUGAUCCGUCAGACUGUGUGGAUACGGACUGUGAUGGACUAAAGAAGGUGGUGGUGACGGAUGUUGAUGGAUCUCUGCUGGGUGAAAAGGAUGCCACAGUAAUCUCUCAGGCUGACUGGGAGUGGGACGGAGAUCCUCGGAGGGGCAUUGGAGAUUACCGCAUUCCUCUUCCAAUCAGACAGAAUCCUGACAGAUCCCAGAUUGAGGCAGCUGACAAGUUUCCGAAUAAAGGCAUUGUCCGUGAUGCUUCCUGUGCUGUGGUUCCAUCGUGGCAGGCAUGGAAGUGCUUCUCGCUGCGUCGCCACCUCAUGAUCAUUGAGAGCAUAGACACAGACACAGAGGUGUGGCGCCUCUCCCCCAUCGCCCUCAUUGCCAACCCUGGCCCCAGUGGGUAUGUGGAUCUCCUCAAUGGACCAAUGGACAGAGGCUGGGGUGCUGGCUACAUGUGUCAGGAGCGAAUCUCAACCUUCUUCUCAGUUGUGGCAACCGGGAUGACAUAUGAGAUGGCCAUGACCAGCACGCCCCCUCAGGUACUGCUAUGGUGCUUGUAGUAGUUGCAGUGGUUG